AUGACGGCCGGAAAUCUGUAUCAACAAUUACAGCAACAGCAACAAGUACCGCAAUCCAUGUGUUCUAUGAAAGGAUCCCUUCUCACUCUGUCAAUCCUAACCCUAAUCUCUUUCACUUACCUCUCUUUCAAUUCUCUCCACUCCUCUUCUUCUCCUUCAAUAUCUGUACCUGUCGUUUCUCAAGUGCCAGCGACGGAGACGACAACGACGACCGAGAGGACGACUUCAUUUCUUAAACAUGACAAAGUCUCUGUAUCCUAUUCUCCUGGUAAAGCGGCGGACGAUGAUGAGAUAUCGGAUCUGUAUCAUUCGCCAAGUGUAUUCAAAUUAAAUUACGAAGAAAUGGAGAGGAAUUUCAAGGUUUAUAUAUAUCCAGAUGGAGAUCCAAACACAUUUUAUCAAACGCCUAGGAAAUUGACCGGAAAAUACGCCAGCGAAGGGUAUUUUUUCCAGAAUAUCAGAGAGAGCAGGUUUCGAACUCAGGAUCCUGAUCAAGCCCACCUCUUCUUUAUCCCCAUCUCCUGCCAUAAGAUGCGGGGCAAGGGAACUUCUUAUGAGAACAUGACCAUAAUUAUUGAGAAUUAUGUGCAAAGCUUAAUAGCUAAGUAUCCCUACUGGAACAGAACAUUGGGUGCAGAUCACUUCUUUGUCACCUGUCAUGAUGUUGGUGUAAGAGCUACUGAAGGAGUUCCGUUACUUGUAAAGAAUGCAAUCAGAGUGGUGUGCUCCCCUAGUUAUGAUGUUGGAUUCAUUCCACACAAAGAUGUCGCUCUUCCUCAGGUCCUCCAGCCAUUUGCCCUUCCUGCCGGAGGAAACGAUUUAGAGAACAGGACAACUCUUGGUUUUUGGGCUGGCCAUCGAAACUCUAGAAUCAGAGUUAUACUGGCACGUGUGUGGGAGAAUGAUACAGAACUAGAUAUUUCAAACAACAGAAUAAAUAGGGCUACUGGACAUCUUGUAUAUCAAAAAAGGUUUUAUGGGACUAAAUUCUGCAUAUGCCCCGGUGGCUCUCAGGUUAACAGUGCACGCAUAGCUGACUCAAUCCAUUAUGGAUGUGUUCCUGUAAUAUUGUCCAACUAUUAUGACCUGCCAUUCAAUGACAUUCUUGACUGGCACCAAUUUUCCGUCAUACUUAGGGAGCAAGAUGUAUACCAGCUCAAGCAAAUUCUGAAGGGCAUACCUAACGAUCAGUUUGUUUCACUGCAUAAGAAUUUAGUUAAGGUACAGAAGCAUUUCCAGUGGAAUUCUCCCCCAUCAAAUAUGAUGCAUUCCAUAUGGUCAUGUAUGAUCUCUGGUUACGCCACCAUGUGA